AAUACCCUUCAUACAUAUGAUUUUGAAAAAGAAAAACACAUGGUCAACACUAGGCCUCACAAUAAAUACCCUUCAUACAUAAGAUUUUGGAUUAAUUGAUAACAACUUUCAAGAGUGCUAAAGUUUAUUUACCAAGAAAAUAAUGGACAUGAAGAAGGAUCAUCAAGAUGUUGUUACCUUAGAUGUCCAUGCUACCAAAGAUCUGCUAGAUUCAUCUGGUUACAAUUAUCUUGAUGUGAGGACUGUGGAGGAAUUCAAUAAAAGCCAUGUUGAGAAUGCUAUUAACGUCCCCUAUUUGUUCAGCACAGAAGAAGGACGGGUGAAAAAUCCAGAUUUUGUUAACCAAGUAGAAGCAAUAUAUAAGAGUGAGGAUCACUUAAUUGUGGCUUGUAAUGCUGGAGGAAGAUCAAGUCGAGCCUGGGUUGAUCUCCAUAAUUCAGAAAGAAUUGGAGAUGAUAAUAAAUGGAUCCUAACUCUUUUAUUGCUAGCUAAGUGGGAUUUAAACAUAUUGUUAACAUGGGGGGAGGCUAUUCUGCGUGGGUGGAUGCUGGAUUUGCAGGUGAUGACAAGCCUGCAGAAGAGCUUAAAACAAGUUGCAAGUUUCGUCCAUAAUUUUACACAUGGGGCUAUGUAUUUCCCCAAAGCAUUGUGAACAUCGAAAGCAUGUCGUAUUUUUUAAUUGGGUUAAUUAAGUUUUUAGUCCUUAUAAAUA